ACUGCCUUUUAGGAAGUCAAAAUCUCAAACUCUGGAAAAGCCAUGGGUUUAAAUCUCUGACUAAAAGGAAAUGUUGUUUAUUCACUCGUGGCUCUGCUUCCAUCACUGAAUGGCAUGGAUUUGAUGCAUAGAAACCCAUUCCUUCUACUUACACUCAGUCGGUGUACAAAGUUCACCCCAUCAACUGCAGAUUUAGAGAGGGGAGUGUCCAAAAACCUCUACCUGUCAGUAUUGAAACUGAAGUAGCUGAGUGUUGAUUACCAAUAUGCUUUGAGGCACAGGGUAAUUGGAGAAGCAUCAGCAGAAUCUUGGUGUUAAAUAAUCCACUUUUAAUGGGAUGAUAUUUGUCUUGUGAAAGACUGAUGCCAGUGGUUCCAAAUCGUACAUUAUCACCUUAUCGUGGUUUGAACUAAAAAUCAACUGGACGAGUCAGGAGUGGAUACAGAGUGAAAAAGAUUAGUGAUGCCACAGUGAUGGUCAGUGACAGCUCUGGGGCCAGACCAUCUUCAUUUAUUUGGUAUGAAUAUUCUAAAGUGAAAGCAAUAUUUGAUGUCAUUGGAAAACAACUAUUUCCCGUCUCUCACUUUACUCAGUCACAGUCUCUUUCUUUAUAAUGUUGGUGUUAAAAUAAGAUAAAAUAUAACGGUUUGUUUUCGAAAAUAUCUCAUUGUCUUUCCAAACAGCCCUAACACACACAGCUUUUAAAUAUUGUUGAUAAAAAAGAUAAAUACAUUACAAGUAGUGUUUUUAAAUUUGCAUUCAUACACAUUUCAGCAUGUGGAACAUGGUUCUCUCACUACAGCAGAACAACACAUAACCGUUACAUAACCAUUGAUGAUUGGUGGUAAAGUCUCUUCAUCGUUGGAUGUUGUUCGUUGGCAGUGAGAAAAACCUAGUUCAUCACCAGAUUUGUUCUACUUAUCACCAAAUAUCACCAGUUCACUCAGGGGGCGUCUGGUUGAAUUCACAUCACGGGGUGCACUUGAUUCAUGUUCAGUCAGACUUGGUCACGAGUGUCGCUGCCAUUUUAAUACAUUGUCUGUAUUCUGGGCCAGAUUUGACCCGCAGGCUUAUAGUCAAGCUCAACCCAUUUGCCAUAGUUUCCUUAACAUGUCACUGUAAAGUUUUACUUUCAUGUCCGCGUGGAAAACAGAUCUAGUCACAAAACACGUCGCAAACCUCCUGCUAAGUCUUGUGGGGUAGAAAAGAAAGUGAAAUGAUGUUGAAACAGAAAGGAAAUGAGUUGUUUCUUCUGUGUGAAGGACCAAGAUAAGCUUGAACCAAUGCCCUUUUUAGAAUUUCCUGAGAGAUGAACUAUCAUGAAUGAAUGUUUGUUAUUUUUUUGCACUAUUCUGUGUUUCUAUCUGACUAGUGUAAGCGGGCGUGUGUGUGAAUACUUUUCAUUGUCGCUCUGCUGAUUGGGACUGUGAAGAACACAUGCAGUAUAUAAAAGUAGAUCAGAUGCACCAAGUAAUAAUGCAAAUGCUGUGUGUUUGACAUACAAGCAGCCAAUAAAAAAUAAAUGUAUUCAUUUCAUUUUGUUGGUUUCUUUUGUACAUGUUGCGUUUAAGUUUGUUGCUGCUGUUCAUCCUUUUUCUAUGCAAGUGGUAAAACAAGUGAUUUAGUCUUUUUGUAACAAUUUGGUUUAUACUUUUUUUUCCAGGUAUUGAAACAUUAUGGCUUCAAGUAUCUAUAGUACAAAGUCAAGCUGUGGCUAUAUUGAAGUAUGAUUAAGGUAAACUGUCUCACAAAAUAAAUAUAGCACAUAUGUUUUAUCAAUUAGGUCUAAAAAAUUCUUGUUGCAGUACCACCAGCAGAAAAAGUAAGAAGUUGUAAAAUGCACCUCUUGAAAUAUAUCUAGUGUUAUGUCUUAAAAAAUCACAAAAUGAUUGUUUCAAUCCCACCAUUGGAUGCCCCACUUUUUUUAAGUUGAUACCGUUGUCAUCACUAAGGUCUUUGAUGUCACUGACUUUAGUGUCUUUGAAUACAAGGAUCACUAGAUAUUUACAGCCUUGCGGUUAAAGAUGUUGCUAAUAACGACAGAGACGUUUUAGGAGAUGAUGAAGGAUCACAGAUGAAGAAAUCUGGAAAAAAUAUAGCACUCGUUACCUGAGGCAGCUUUACAGAAAACUAGAGAUCAUUAAUGAUGAUGGACACUGCAACCAGUAAAAGUCAAACUAAACCGUUGUGUGAUGAGGUGCUGUCUGUUCAGGACAGGGACAGUGACCUCCAAGGGUUGAAAGAUGUCCAACAGCUGCAACUGGACGAUCUGUGGCAGGAAUGGGAGCUUGAGCUUGCAAAUGAAGUCUCAGAAGAGGAGGAUAGUCCUCAUACAUUAUUGGUUCAUAAGGAUAUCACAGGUAACCUCAAAGUAAAGUUGGAAACACCUCAGACUGUUCAGCCGGAGAAGGAGAACUCAUCCAGCAUUCCAGAGAAAUCAUCUCAGCAGGCACCUGAAGCUGUGAAGCUGUCUUGUGAUGUGAGUGAAACCCUUGAACAGAAUCUGGGAGUUCUGAAAGAAGACGACCAGCAGUGUGGCUCCGAACACCAAGUUGAAGAAGAGCUGAGAUGCGACUCACAGGUUCAAACUGAGAAAGGAUCUCCCACAACUCAUCUAGACAUAGAGCAGACUCAGAGGCACUUAGACAAUCAACCGCCAAAGCAAGUAGAUGCUCAUGUACAAGAAUCUGAAGCACUAAAGGAGUCUGUCAAACAAAACUUAGACAUCAUAGAACAUCUGCACCCUGAUCUGGCUGAAGAGGAUUGCAUUUUAAGAGGAACCAAAAGUUUGGAGGAGAGACACAAGUUGGAGAAGCAAAAGUUGGUCGAGCAACAGUCCAAUGAUGAAACAGAGACCCGGCGGCAGGAACUGGUUGCUUUAAAAAAGCACCACCAACAGCUUGUCCACAGACCUCAGGUCAAAGAGGAGCUCAGCUGUAAGGGUGACCAGUUUUCUUCCAACCUGGAGACAGGGAAUGAAAUGAAUGUGUGUCUUAAAAAACGGGAAGAGUCUCUUAUGACAGAGCUGGAGAAGGAACGGACAUGGAGACUCCGGCUGUCUGAGCAGCUUGGGAGACUGAGGUAUACCCAUCAGCAGUCACUUGAAGCAGUGAAGCAGUCCAGCAGAGUAACUGACGCUAUCCGUCGGGAGUUGAAGGCCCUAAAAGAAGACUAUCAGCAGCUUGGCAUCAGACUCCAAGUUGAGAUGGAACUCAGGUGCAAAUCACAAGCCUUGGCAAACAGGCUUUCUGUCAAUCUGGAGACAGAGAACAAAAAUAAUGAAUCUCUGACAAAAGAGAGAAACUUGUUGUCCACUGAGUUGGAAAUAGAACACAAGAACAGACUGGAGCUGAAGGAUCAGCUGGAGAAACAGAGGCUCGCCCACCAGGAGGCAUUGGAGACCUUGAAACAGCCUCAUUGUGUAACGGAGGCUCUUCACCGUGAACUGGAAACCCUAAAAAAGGCCAACCUGGAGCUUUCCACAAAACUCCAGAUAGAGGAGGAGCUCAGAUGCCAGGCUUUGAUGAAGAGACUUUCUGUCAGUCGGGAGGCAGAGACCACAAAGAACAGGUGCCUUUCAAACGAGAAGGACUCCCUGUGCAUCCAGUUACAGGAGGAGCAAUCAUGGAGGCUGCUGGAGAAGGCUGCCCACCAGGAAACACUGGUGGCAGUGAAAGAGGCACUCCAUCUAGAGUUGGAAGACCUUAAUGAAGUCAACAAGCAGCUAUUCACCCAACUCAAGGCUGAAGAAGAACUGAGAAGCAAGUCUGAAGCCUUCACUACCAGGCUCUCCCACGACCUGGAGACUGAGUUCAGAAAGAAUCAAUCUUUGACCAAAGAGAAAGAGUAUCUAGCCGCAGAGCUGGAGAAAGAAAGAACCUGCAGACUGCAUCUGAGUGAUGAGCUGCAGAAACAAAAAAACACCCAUCUGCAGGAAACAGAAUCACUGAAAGAGUCAACAAGUGAAAAAUUACAAUCUUUGGAAAGACUUAAUUGUGAACUCAGCCACGUCAUCAAGACUGAGAAGAAUGUCAAUGCAACUCUCAGAAGAGACUCUCUCAAGGUUUCUGUUGCAUUAGAGGCACAGGUUAAAAAGAACAGUAACUUAUUGAAACUUAGAGACUCUGACAAGGCCGAACUCCAAAAAGAGCAGAGCUGGAGAUUAAACGUACAAAACCAACUCGAGGCUGUGAAACAAUCCAGCAGAGUGACAGAGGCUCUGCGUCUGGAACUGGACGCUCUAAAAGAAGGCAACAAUAGACUUGCCUCCAAACUCCAAAUUGAGAAGGAACACAGAUGUGUUAACAAGGCAUUAACUGAGAAGCUCGUCACCAGCCUGGAGACGGAGGUAAGAAAUAACGAGGCUCUAACAGAGGAAAAAGAGUUUUUGUCCAUGGAGCUGGAGAAGGAACAGACUUGGAGACUGCAGCUGAACAAACGGAUGAAGAAACAGAAGCUUACUUAUAUGCAGGCACUUGAGACUUUUAAACAGUUUCGUGCUCUAGCACAGUCUCUUUGCCAGGAAUUGGAUGCCCUGCGAGCAACCUACCAAAAGCUUUCUUCUAAAGUCAUGGUUGAAGAAGAACUUAAAAGCAUCUCCCUGGCUCUGACUGACAGGCUCACCAACAACCUGGAGACAGAGGCAAAUAUGAACGAGUCUCUGACCAAAGAAAAACUGUCUCUGUCUGUCGAGCUGGAGAAGGAGCAGGUGCUGAGAAUGCAGCUGAGUGAUCAGCUCGAGAAACAGAGGCUCGCCCAUCAGGAAGUACUGGAGGCCGUCAAACAGUACAAUGUGGAAUUGGAAGCCAUGAAAGACGCCAAUGAGCAGCUUUCCACCCAACUCCAGGUCCAGGAGGGACUCACAAGCAAUUGCCAGACUGAAUCCUUCAGACUUCAUCAAGACCUGGAGGCAGAGAUACAAAAAAAUGAAUCUCUGACAAAAGAAAAAGACUGUCUUACUGUCCGGCUGGAGAACGAGCAGACAUUAAGCGCCCAGCUAAAUGAACAGGUGCAGGAACAAAAAGAUGCUCUGCAGGAAGCUGAGGCAAAAACGAAAUCGGCCGAUGAGAAACUGAAGUGCCUAGAAAAACUGAACUCUGAGCUUAGCCAUAGCAUUAAGGCUGAGAAGGAUGUCAAUGGGACACUGAGAGGAGACACUUUCAGACUUUCUUUUGCACUUCAAACCCAGACCACAAAGAACGAAUAUCUGUCAAAACAGAGAGAGUAUGAUGCGGAAAAAUUCCAAAAGGAACAGGCCUGGAGACUACAGGUGCAAGAUCAGCUGGAGAAACAGAAGCUAGCCCAUCAGCAAGUGCUGGAUGAGUUGAAAAAGCAGAGUGAUGUGACAGAGGCCCUUUGCUCUGAAUUGAAAGUCCUGAAAGAAGCCAACCAGUGUCUUACCAUCAAACUUCAGGUUGAAGAGGAGCUCAGAGGCAACACUCAAGGACUAAAUGAUCAACUCUCUGCCGACCUCAAAACAGAGGUCACAAAAAACAGAUCUCUGGUAGAAGUCAACAUUUCUCUGACUGCUGAGCUAGAGAAAGAGCGGACCUGGAGGCUGCAGCUGAGUGAUCAGCUGGACGCACUGAAACUCGCCCAUCAGAACACCCUUGGGACUUUAAAACAGUCAGAUGAUGUAAUGGACGCAACACAGCUGGAAUUGGAAGCCCUCAAAGAAGCUCACCAGCACCUGUUCUCCAAGCUGAAGGUUGAAGAGGAAGUCAGAUGUGACCUUCAGGCUCUAAGAGACAGGCUCUCUAUUAAUCUUGAUACAGAGAUGAAAAAGAAUGUUUCUCUAACUAAAGAGAAGGAGACUUUGAAUUCUAGGUUGGAGGAGGAACAGCAGUGGAGUCAGCAGCUGAGCAGUGAGCUGGAGAGACAGAAACUCACCUACGAGGAUGCUCUAAAACAGUCAAGUAAGGUGAACGAGGUUCCUCAGUUGGAUUCGGAUGCUAUGAAAGAAGCCAACAAACUGGUUGCAACUGAAUUCCAAGUUGAAGAGGAACUCAGAGGCAACAGCCAGGCCUCAAAUGACAGACUGUCUACCAACCUGGAGGCAGAGAAAACCAAGAAUGAGUCCUUGACGAGUGAGAAAGAGACUUUGACCAUUGAGCAGGGAAAGAAGCAGACAAAGACAGAGAGAUGGACAGAGACCGGCAAAAAGUUGGACACAUCAAACUCUGACCAAGGAAUCGGUCAUGAGACAAAAGUCCUGCGCAUGAAAUUAAAACCCCUCCAUGUCAAACUCCAGGAAGAGAUGGAUUUUCCAGGGAAAAUGCAGCCUCUAACUGACGGGCUCUCUAACAAUCUGGAGACUACACAGAAAGAAUCUCUUAGUGCUGAGCUUGAAAAGGAGAAGACCUGGACAAGACAGUUAAGCGAUGAGCUGGACAGACAGAAGCUUGCCCAUCAACAGCUCCUUGAGUCUGUGAAACAGACCAAUGAUGUGACAGAAGCUCUUCACUGGGAAUUGAAAGUCCUGAAAGAAGCCCACCAGCAGGUUUCCACCAAGCUCCAGGCUGAGGAGGAGCUCAGGAGACUCUCCCAGGCUCUGAAUGAGAGACUUUCUAAUAACCUCGAGUCAGAGAAACAAAUAAAUAGUUCUCUGGCGACAGAAAAAGAGUCGCUGGCUGCCAAGUUAGAUGAGGAGCACACGUGGAGAUUACAGCUGAGCGAUGAUCUUAAGAAACAAAAAGAGUGCCAUCUACAGGAAUCUGAGGCAAUGAAGAAAUCCACAGCAGAAAAAGUGGAGAACUUGGAAAGAAAGAACUCUGAUCUGGACUACAGCUUCAGGACUGAGAAGGACAUCAACACAGCCCUGCGAGAGGACGCUGUGAGGCUCUCUAUAGCAUUGGAAACACAGAUCGCAAAGAAUGAAAAUCUGUCAAAAUGGAUCAAGUGUAAUGUAGCUGAACUCCACAAAGAACAGAAGUGGCGUUUUGAGCUGCAAAAUCAGCUGGAGAGAGAGAAGCUCAGCCAUCAGCAGGAGAUUGAUGCUGUUCAUCGCUCCAGCGACGAGCUCUUUAACAAACUCCAGGUUAAAGAAAGGCUCAGAUGUGAGUCUCAGGCUCUAAGUGACAAACUCCUUGUCAACCUGAAGACAGAGAUCCAGAAGAACAAGUCCCUGACAAAAGAGAAAGAAUUCCUAACGGCAGAGCUGGAGGAGGAGCAGGCGCGGAGGCUGCAGCUGAGUGACCAACUGGAGAGACACAAGGAGGUUCAUCUUCAUGGAUCCAGGACUCUCAGGCAGGAGCUGGACAGCAUGGAAAAACGUAACUCUGAGCUGAACCAAAGCCUCAAGACCCAGAAGAAGGUUAACACUGCCCUCAGAGAUGAUGCUAAAAGACUCUCUUCGGCUCUCGAGUCAAAGAUUAGUAGUAACAAAACUCUCUCUCAACAGAGAGACUAUUACAUUGACAAACUGCAGGAGGAAUUGACCUGGAGACAGCAAGUGAGUAAGGAGUGUGAAAGACUCAAAUCAGAGAAGACAAGGCUCAGUAAAGCCCAAGAAAAGGCCAAGAGAAUUUUGUUCUGGAAAUAGGUCAUGUGUGGGUUCAGUGGGUUUAGUCUUUUGGACCCAUUAAAG